UCUCUUCGCAACCACCGCCACCCAAAGCCUGAGAUAUGCUCCAGCACCCGUUGAACAGCACCCGAUUUUUUUUUUUCAAGCGAACAAUACAUGACCCAUUUUUUAUCUUGAAAACACAGCUUUAAAAUGUCAAGCGUGGCUAAUUCUUCAAGUUUUGUAACCGAAGGUGAUGCACAGCAUUACAUGAGAUGACUUUGCGCUAUGCAUUUAAUAGUGAAGAUUUUCGCUUAUUUUUUACUUGUUUGUUGUAGCCGGUGGAACUUCAAUGAGUUUGUAUAAGCCUGUAGUGCAAGCUACAGACCUGCAUUAUGCUUCACAUGCAACGACACAGAUUUAGUCAUAAUCUAGAACACGAAAACAAUUUCUGAGGAAAUUUGGAAGGGCAGUCCCAGAUACGCAAACUCUGCAAAACUGAAUGAUUUUUUUUCAUGCAUGUCAUUCUUAGUAAUCUAUUCUUUUUUUUACCCACAAUUGAGAUCUUGUUUUACGUGAUCUUAACCAUCUUCAGCUUCAGCUUCUGCUAGAGCACUUUCUUAUGAUAGAGCACUUUCUGAAUAAUUCGGUUUACUAGGAAAUGAUGAACGAAUACGUUAAAUUGCGCCGUUUGCAUUUUAGACAUUAUUAUCAAAGUGGUGUACAAUUUACAGAAGAAUGCAAUAAACGAUACUAGCAUGCGCUGUUUGAAUUGUGGGCGAAAUAACCUCAAUGUGAACAUACAACAACAUUGAUGGGCCUCGGUGCUGUAUGUAUGGCCAAUCGCAUUAAUGCGCUAGCUAUGGUUGAAGUGUGGGAUUGUUACUUCACAGGGCAUCCAUGAGAAUUAAAAAUAAAUGUAUAAAUAAAAUGUACUUUCACAAAGGUGAAAACAAAACACCAAGGUGCUGAGUGCGCCAGAAAAAAAUUAUUUUAUUCAUUCUUUUCAAGUAGAACAAACAAAAAAGUGAGUCAUAACUCAAACCACUGGUUUGAGAUACUUGUUUGCAAGUCUCCGCCUCCAUAUCUAAGGAAGGAAGAUGUGGUCCUCACCUACUACAGCUCCGUUUCAUGCAAUAGGCAUAUGUGCAGAUUACAUGUGCCACCCUGACUGCCAUUGGUUGACAGAGUUUGUCUGCAUGUUUCCACCCGAAGAGUUUUAGUUUUAAGCCGAUAUCCUUUAAUUCAUCGUUACUUUCUAGCAUCAUUCGUGUGACAGCGCUGUAAGAACAAUGAGUACUAUGAGAAGUCCCGAGCACCUAGCAGAUACUUGUCUUCCCUCCUCCUCGGGUGAGAGCAAAGAUGACCCUGGAGGUCUAAGAAGGCUCCUGCCCCUCACCAGCUCAUCAGUACUGGCACGACGACUGUUUCACCUCCAGCCAUACCGCAACCCACUCCUGCCCAACAGACGACGCAAACGCGAGAUGAUGCCAGCUGAGAAAAAGGACGCAUCCUAUUGGGUGAAGCGGAAGAAGAACAACGAGGCCGCCAAGCGCUCUAGAGAGAAGCGACGACUCAACGACUUCAUGCUGGAGGGGCAACUUAUGGCACUGAGCGAGGAGAACGCCCAGCUCCGGGCCGAGGUGCUGAGUUUGCAGUAUCACAUGGGAGUUGGGCGAGGUCUGGAUGUCAGUCAUCCCAUAGUCCCCUCCCCUAUCCAUCUGCGUCCCAUCUCAAGCCUUCCCUGUGGGGUAACGCUCCAGAAGCUCUAGAGCUGUACCACUCUUGGAACGGCUCGUCUCCGUUCAUCUCGCCCCUGAGGGUGCCUCAUAAAAGUGCCAGCCUAGCUACACAGAUUAGCCACUUGGACAACAGUGCUGACCCAGUAGAGGCAGACACAGCGUCUCACCCACAGGUCUCUUCCAGCAACGACCCACCAAGCCACCCACAACAGUUUCCUGCCCAGAGAGCAUCACCGCCCCCUCCUCAGCUGCUACCUGGGUUGAGCCAGUCCACCACCCAACACAGCAACCAUAUGCUGCCUUGGGGCUCGCCGUCUUUGCGACCAUCUCCCCUUCAUCCCAACUGGCCGCUGUCCUUUCCUUUGUCGCUGCGAGACACAGACGAAUCUCGUAACGGUGUAAGGUCCCUGUGGAACUUCAACAGCAGGUACAGCAUGCUAUCCGCUGAGAUCUCAGGACAACUGAGGAGGAUCUUUUGCUCCGAGAACUCUUAAUCAGCAAUAACGCUGCCUGAACAGUAUUUCAUUGAUAAUCCCUCUUGAAAAAAAGCAGCAUAUGCUGGUUAGGUAGGUAGCUGGGAUAUAGGUUUAAGCUGGUUCAUGCUGGUUCUAAGCUGGUUUAUGCUGGUCACAAGCUGGCAAAGGACCAGAAUAAACCUCAUAAACCAGCAUCCCAGGUUCAAAUAAUACCUAACCAGCAUAUGCUUUUUUUCAGCAGUCACAACCUGCUAAAAAGGCAUUGUUCAACAAAAACUAAUUGUAGAUUUACGUCUGUUGUUCCGAACAUCUGUAUAGGGCACAAACAUUUUAAAAAAUGUCUUUGUGCUUUUUGUCCAUACAGUGAGAGUCACUGGGGUGUAGUGUUGCUUUUAGACCCCAUUGGCUUUCAUUAUGUGUCGAAAUAUCUUCCACUGAAGAAGGAAAGAGAAAGAUAUGGGUGAACUAUUUCUUUGAGGUAUUAGCUGUGCUUAAUGUAGUGAAGUGCAAGCCAGUCUCUUCAUACGGCCUAGCAAAUGAUAGACUUGGAUACAAUCGAAAUGUUUAUUCUGCAAAAAUGUGGCCACUUGUAAUAAAAAAGUAGUUAAUCA